UGUGGGUUUUUAUAUAUUUUUUUAUUUAUUACUUGUUCUUCUUGAUUGAUUGAUUACUAGUAUUAUUUGGCUUUUGGUGUUCUUCUCGUUCACUCUUCCAUGCCAAUCACGUCUCUAUCACACCAGUAGAAAAAGCCCAUUUUUUUCUUAAUUUUGGAAUCUUUGCUCAUAAAUUUAAUUCACUUUGGUCCAAUCUUGCACGUUAACACCAAUUUGUGCUCUUAUCUCCUGCUCCCGGCACUUGGGUCAUCAUUGAUCUUGUUGUAGUGAGGUGUUUUAAAGCUGAAUUUUUGUUAAUUAAUGGCGGAUUUGGUAGGGCCUAGAUUAUACAGCUGUUGUAAUUGCCGGAACCAUGUUUCUCUUCAUGAUGAUAUUGUCUCCAAAGCUUUUCAGGGGAGACAUGGCCGAGCUUUUCUGUUCUCCCACGCGAUGAACAUCGUUGUGGGGCCGAAAGAAGACAGACAUCUCAUGACUGGUCUCCAUACGGUUGCUGAUAUCUCUUGUGCUGAUUGCCGUGAGGUGUUGGGGUGGAAGUAUGAAAGGGCUUAUGAGGCGUCACAGAAGUACAAAGAAGGGAAGUUCAUAUUUGAGAAGUCCAAAAUUGUGAAGGAGAAUUGGUAAUCAAUGUGGUCUCUCUUUAUUUUCCUCUCAGUUCUGUUAUGUUUUGAUGCAAGUUUAUCAGUGCUUUGUGCCAUUCAUCUUGUACAGAAACUUCUCAGCCAUUUGAGAAUUGUCAUUGUUUUUUGCUGUUCAUUCUCCUCCAUGUUGGAAUUGGAAAGUUGUAAAUGGAAUGAUUGUGUUAAUGAUGUUUUGGAACUUCUCAAGCA